AGAAAUCCCUUCCAAAAAUAAUUUUUCAAGGGAAAUAAUCUUCACAUCCCAACAGCCGUGUUGGUUCUUCCCAGAUAACUAACCUCACCACGUCACCUCACCCCCCACAAAGUCACAAAAAUGCUCCUCCUCCGCACCACCACCCCCACCUCGUCCUCCUUUCACUCCUCUCUCCCUCUCCUCCUCAUCGCCGCCUCUCACUCCUCAUCUCUCUCUCUCCCCAAACUCUCCACCAAUCCCCUUUUCACUCCUCUGCACACACCCACCAAAAAAAUGAACCUGUUAGCCAAGCUCGAGUUCUCUACACGCUCCCCCACCGAACCCUCCGUGGACGCCUCCUCCUCCUCCUCCUCCCUUCCCCAGGGCCCCGACGAGGAUAUCCCGGCGCCGGGUCAGCAGUUCGCCCAAUUCGGAGCCGGGUGUUUCUGGGGGGUAGAAUUGGCAUUUCAAAGGGUUUCAGGAGUGACUAAAACCGAAGUAGGGUAUACUCAAGGGCUCCUUCACAAUCCGACGUACGAGGAUAUCUGUUCGGGCACGACGAACCAUUCAGAGGUUGUUAGGGUUCAGUAUGAUCCCAAGGAGGGCAGUUACGAGGCCUUGCUUGAUGCGUUUUGGCAGAGGCAUGACCCCACCACGCUUAAUCGUCAGGGGAAUGAUGUUGGAACACAAUAUAGAUCUGGGAUAUACUUCUACACACCUGAGCAAGAAAAGGCUGCACUGGAAUCAAAAGACCGACAUCAGAAGCUAUUGAACAGAACCAUUGUCACUGAGAUUCUACCCGCGAAAAAGUUCUACCGAGCAGAGGAUUACCACCAGCAAUACCUUGAAAAGGGUGGCAGAUUUGGUUUUAAGCAAUCUGCUGAUAAAGGCUGCAACGAUCCGAUACGAUGCUAUGGUUAAGUCUACAUUGUUCCAAGGUGUGAUCUCAAGUUAAUAUGUUUGUUUUUUGCUUUCUUGGUAUUGACUGUUGUGGCUCUGGGUCUUAGUAUAUAGACUUGCUUAAUAGAAACUGCUGAAGUAUGUUCCUUCGAGUUCAAACGCAAUCUUAAUUACUGUAUUUGAGAUUAGCUUCGAUUAUAGAACUCCCUUUUCAGAUUUUGGAAUUAGAAAGUACAGUUCUCAA